UGCGCAUGUAUUACGGAACCACGUGAAAAAUCUAGCAGACAAGCAUGUCAUGGUUGUUUGGAAUCAACACCGGGCAGGGGAACCCUCCUCAGUACCCUGCACCCCCUCCGCCCCCACCCCCGGGAAGUGACGACAAGGGAUCAGGUUCCAAGGGUGGCGAUGGGGGAAAGGGACUUUCUAAAAUGGAUGCAUACCGGUUUGAUUCUGCAGCAUUGGAGAGGGCUGCGAAAGCUGCAAAAGAUCUCGAAACAUCUAAGUUUUCCAAAGAAGCUUUGGAACUCACAAAACAACAAGAAAUCACCACUCAAUUUGAACAUCAAAAGAAAAUAAAGGAAUAUGAAGGCCAACUUGAACAGAUGAAAUUGGAACAAAUACGAGUUGCACAAGAUGAGAAGCGAAAAACAUUGGCUGAGGAGACAAAACAACAUCAACAGAGGGCUCAGUACCAGGACCAGUUGGCCAGAAAACGUUACGAGGAGCAGCUAGCACAACAGGCAAGAACUCAGGAAGAGACAUUACGGAGGCAAGAAGAAUCUGUACAAAAACAGGAAGAGAUGAGAAAAGCAACUCUUGAAUACGAGGCUGAUUUGCGCUACAAGAAUGAGAUGAAGAGAAUAGAAGCUGAGCUUCGCGGAAAGGCAAAGAUAGACCGGGAGAAUCAGGAUAUUAUCCGAGACCAAAUCAAGCUGAAGGCUCAAGAGCAAAGACAGACAGUAUUAGAGUCAAUCAAAACCGCAGGAUCGGUGUUGGGGACUGGGUUCCAAGCAUUCAUAUCCGACUGGGACAAGGUGUCUGCCACAGCUGCCGGCCUGACAUUGGUGGCCAUCGGCGUGUACGCUGCUAAAUAUGGUACAGGUGUCGCUGCCAAAUAUGUAGAGUCUCGGUUGGGGAAGCCAUCGCUAGUUCGAGAGACCUCACGGUUCACAGCGCUCGAGGCUCUCAAACAUCCAGUAAAGACUGUACAGAAACUUCAAAAGAAACCUCAGGAUGCACUACAAGGAAUCAUUCUUAGGCCCUCCCUGGAGGAGAGACUACGAGAUGUUGCUAUUGCCACCAACCACACCAAGAAGAAUAAGGGUUACUACCGGAACAUUCUCAUGUACGGCCCACCAGGAACAGGAAAGACCAUGUUUGCUAAGAGUUUAGCCCAGCACUCUGGGAUGGACUACGCCAUCAUGACGGGCGGCGACGUUGCACCCAUGGGUAAGGAGGGAGUCACAGCCAUGCACAAAGUGUUCGACUGGGCACAGACGAGUCGGCGAGGAGUGCUGCUGUUUGUUGAUGAAGCAGAUGCAUUCUUGAGGAAGAGAAGCACGGAAAUGAUCAGUGAAGACAUGAGAGCGACGUUGAACGCGUUUCUCUACAGAACUGGAGAACAAUCCAAGAAAUUCAUGCUGGUGUUGGCGAGUAACCAGCCCGAGCAGUUUGACUGGGCCAUCAACGAUCGACUGGAUGAGAUGGUGGAGUUCGACGUCCCAAGUCUGGAGGAGAGAGAGAGGAUGGUCAGACACUACUUUGGUCUGUACGUCCUGCAGCCCGCAGCCGAGAAGAAAAGGCGUAUGAAGGUGGACCAGUUCGACUAUGGAGUCAAGUGUACUCAGAUUGCUGCCAUGACGGAGGGUCUGUCUGGCCGUGAAAUCGCCAAGCUGGGAGUAGCGUGGCAGGCCCAAGCGUACUCCUCGGAGGACGGGAUGCUGACCCAGAAGAUGAUCGACUCCAUCGUGCAGGAUGCAGUGAAGCAGCACCAGAAGAAGAUAUUCUGGAGGCAGGAACAAGAAAAGAUGUCCCAACCCACUGCUUUCAAGUCGGCAAAAGAUGCUGCAUCGUUUAACGCGCCCACGCCAAAGCCCUCUUGAUAACUGUGGCUUGUUAGGUUCAGCAAUUACAUAGACUUGUGUAGGAGUACAUGAGGAGUGCAUGUAGAAUGAGCAAGGCAUUCUAUGAUGCAGUGUAAA